CUCGCAGGCAUUGACCGCCCCCCCCCCCCAAAAAAACCCCCAAAACACCGUGGGCAGGGGGAGAGUCUCCCCGGCCCUGACUAGCCGGCGGCGCCCGGCUCCGUGCGCUCGGCGGGAGGGGGGGAUGGCUGUGGCUCUAGCCAAGCCCGCCUCUCGGGGCUCCAGAGCGGCCCGGGGCCGGGCGGGGACGGCCAUGAGCGGCUGGGCCCGCCCCCUUCUGCUCCUGCUGGCUGGGGCCUGCGGCCUCGCCCUGCUCGGCUACGGCGUCUACUUCGACCGGCGGCGGAGAAACGCCCCCGACUUCCAGCGGAGGCUGCGGCAGAAAAGAAGAAAAGAACGUGAAAAAGCUAAAGAGCAUGAUGCUGAGUUAUGCAAGAUGAAAAAUAUUGGAAGGGUACAGGAAUUCUUUCUGCAAGAGGUGCAGCUGGGAGAACACUGGUUAUCUAGAGGAGACCAUAAGAAGAGCGUGGAGCACCUCACUAAUGCUAUUUCAGUGUGUGCACAGCCACGUCAGCUACUGCAGGUCUUGCACAAUACACUACCACCACAAGUCUUUGAGAUGCUUAUGAGGAGAAUACCAUAUGCAAAACAACGACUUCAAGCAGCACUGAAUGAGCAGGACUGUGCAGAAGAUGAGAAGGAAUGAGAGAUGGCAACAAUGUUAAGGCAGGACUCUAGCCAUCUAGCCUAUAAACCCUUGUUUGGAAAGAAAAUACAUACAAAACUGAACAGUUUCCAUUUAUUGUACUUUGAUUAAAUAAAAACAUUUUGAAGA